GUGAGGAGAUCCUUAAAGGGCUUUUAAGCCUCAAGACCUGGAUUUAGGGUUAGGGUUUGUCUUUUAGUUGUGAUGGUUAAGGUAAAGGAUCAGCAUUAAUGUCUCACUGUGAAGGAAGCACAACGUGUGUGUGUGUGUGUGUGUGUGUGUGUGUGGGUGUGUGCGCAUGCGUGCAUGUGCGUGCGUGUGUGUGUGUGUGUGUGUGUCUGGUUUAAAGGAGCAGCAGCAAACCUCCAGCUCAGUCAGGAGUGAACUCACUCCAAGGCCUUGUUUCGUUUGUUCUGGUGUGUUUGGAGGAUGAUGAACUCCACUCUGGUGUCAUAUUUCACGUUGUCUGCGUACAUUGAACUCGGUCUCUUUAAAUACGUGUUUUUCGUGUGUGUUCUGUGUAUCUACAUGGUCAUGGUGUGUGCUAAUGUGCUGCUGAUUGUUGUCAUCUGUAUGAACAGAAGUCUACACGAGCCUAUGUACAUGUUUCUGUGCAGCCUGUUUGUAAAUGAACUGUGCGGGGGCACAAGUGUGUUUCCGUUGCUGCUGGUGCAGAUCCUCACUGAUGUUCACACCAUCUCUGUUCCUUUCUGUCUCCUGCAGAUCUAUUGCAUACAUACUUAUGGCACUGUGGAAUAUUUCCUUUUAACCGUUAUGUCGUAUGAUCGCUACCUCGCCAUCUGUUGCCCUCUGCAGUACAGCACACGCAUGUCGACGUUCACGAUCUCCAAACUGCUCGCUGUGGUGUGGUUGUCCGGGGUCGUCUCAUGUGUCAUCAUGAUCUCUCAGAGUUCGUCUAUGCGGCUGUGUGGGAAUGUCAUCGAUAAGGUUUACUGCGACAACUACUCUGUGGUCAGAUUGGCGUGUUCAGAUACGAGCAUCAACAACAUCCUCGGCCUCAUCGCCUCGUUCAGCACCACUGUUCUUCCUAUGGUCCUCAUCGUAUUUACCUACUUGAAGAUUCUGCUCGUUUGCUCCUCGGGCUGCAAACAGUCACGGCAGAAGGCAGUCAGCACGUGUGUGCCUCACGUGGUAGCGCUGAUCAACUUCUCGUUAGGAUCCAGUUUUGAAAUUGUCCAGAGCAGGUUUAACAUGAAAGGAACUCCAAACGUGCUGAGGAUCAUUCUGUCGCUGUACUGGCUCACGGUGCAGCUGCUCCUCAACCCACUGAUGUAUGGAUUCAACUUGAGUAAAAUACGUAUCAUAUUAAAAAACCGGCCUUUUGCUGAACUGUAGCUGUAAUCAACAAGGUUUGUCUUUUGUUUACCAUCAUGUUUCUGUGUCAUUUCAUUUCAAGUUGUCAUGUGUGUGUCAUUGUGACUGCAUGCCACUGCCUCACCUGAAACACAGUCUUACAAAUAUUUUCUUCCAGCCUUGAACUAUGUUUUUAUGAGACAUGUUUGAGAACCUCUACAAUCUUACAACUUUACUAGUUCUCUGAGGCUUUUAAAGGCAUCAUUUUGUGUGUUACAUACAGGGCAGGGGUUCUUUGUGCUGACUGAGCGGGAGAUGAGAACUGGAACACUAUUUACACACAUUUCUCAUUGUAUGCAUUAUUUUGAAUAUUUUCAGUGAAAUUUAGAGCUGCAACUAACGAUUAUUUUCAUAAUCGAUUAAUCUGUCGAUUAUUUUCUCGAUUAAUCAAGGGGCUGUGACAGCGCUCUCCUUAUCCUGUCAUCCACUCCAAAUAUAUUUAAAACUUAAAGUGACUGUGACCUGGAAACAUGAAUAACUGGUUUUAACAACAAAGAGCUCGGAAUUCCUAAAUUACAGCUUCUAAAAAAGAUACUUUUAGUGUGGAUGAACAGAAACUGAGACUAUUAUUUAGAAACUUUAAUAAGAAUAAACCAAGGGGAUAAAUGACUUAUUGACUUUGAAAACUGCAGAGUUGUGUUUUUAGUCAGAAAAACCAACUUAUCUUGUAAUUGGAGGGUUGUCAUUUUCAAAUCUAGACCAGCCCAUGACCUUUCUGUGGCGAUCUCUAGAGAGGGAGGGAAAACAAUGUAUUUGUAAAUUAUCCUUUGUUCAUUAUAGAAAGUAAGGCUUUUAUUUUGAAAUCUUUGGGGUCACAAUUUAGUGAGGUUGAACAGAAAAGAAGAAGAAAAAAACUCCUCACUAAAACAUAUCUGCAGAGUUUUCAAAAUUAAACUUCUGUACGUCUGCCCUUUUCUAAGUGUUUUUUUAUUUAUUUAUGAUUGAUUAAAUGAUUAAUUCUUGAUUUUCAUGUAUAAACCAUACGGAGUGCGGAAAGUGAGGAGAUCUUUUAAGGGCUUUUAAGCCUCAAGACCUGGAUUUAGGGUUAAGAUUUGACGUUUAGUUGUGAUGGUUAAGGUAAAGGAUCAGCAUUAAUGUCUCACUAUGAAGAAAGCACAACGUGUAUGUGUGUGUGUGUGUGUGUGUGUGUGUGUGUGUGUGUAUCAGGGGCAUUUUAUGCCAGCACACUAUACUAAAAUGCCUUAACCUCGUCGCCUACGCCUGCAUAAAGACUGAAAAAUAUGCGCGUUAUUUAUUUAUUUACCGAAUAAUUUCAGCUACUUAAAAAAAAAAAAAUAUCCUGACAGCUCUGAUGGGGCUUGGGAUUCAUCUUUAAGUUAUGCUUUCUUCUAAACAAUCCCCUAUGAAGCUGAGACUAUGUGCAACAGCUGAUGUGUGGAUAGGCUGCAGAACAUAGAAAAUGAAUAACUGUCAGGUCCUGAUGAUCCAGUGUACCUUGUGCGUAAUGUUACGAUGGUACGGUCCCUGAUAUACCUCACAUUCCGUUAUAGGCGUGCACACGCUAUAGGCGUUAACGCGUGUGUCAAUAUUGUACUAAAGCCAACGCUUCAGACGCCUUAACAUGUGCACGUGUGACUGAAAUAGCCUAAACUGUCACAUCGGUCUCUCUUGGUAAUACAUGGACUGCUUGAAUUGUUAAGCGA